AUGAAGACAACAGGUUUCUUUGUGCUACUCGGCCUGUCUCUUUUCUUCUUCUUCUUCUCUGAGAGCCGCCGUAUCUCCUGCUCACAUCGGCCACCUUCCAGCCAGGCUGAGCCCCUUCCACCGGGACCUGCUCCUCCAGAUGUGGCCAGUAAAGAUGGGGGCCAGCUUGACUGCAAGGAGUUCAUGGACGACGGCACGUACUGCACAAGGGAGUCCAACCCCCACUGUGGCACUGAUGGCAUGACAUACGGCAACAAAUGUUCCUUCUGCAAGGCCGUCAAGAGAAGUCAGGGAAGUGUUCGAUUGGAGCAUCUUGGAAAAUGCUGA